GUUCACAGCCAUCCCUGUUUUGAGCCGCUAGUGUCAGUCAGUCGUUGUAUGGGAUUAUUGAUCGAGGUGUGUCAUUCAUUCGCUGCAUAAGUUACAAGUUCUGGUUUAGUUUUCUCUUCUCGUCUGUAAUUCUAAUUCUUAGUGAAAAGAAAUCAGGUGUAAAAUGGCUUCCAACAUCUUCAUCUCUAAACAACAUAAAAUAGACUUUAGAAACGUUGUAUUUAACGAUGCAAGGGAUGGUAACCUGUGCCGUCUGAAGGUUUUCUUAGAUAACAAAACCAAAGAAGAAAUUGCAGCAUUAGUUUCUUCACGUACGAAUGGUGCAACACCAUUAGUUAUGGCAUGUCGAAAUGGCCAUUUAGAUGUAGCUGUAUAUCUUUUGGAAAAGUGUAAUGCAGAUAUUGAACAGGUUGGUUCUGUGACAUUUGACGGCGAAACAAUUGAAGGUGCUCCACCGCUGUGGUGUGCAGCAGCUGCUGGACAUUUAAAUGUGGUCAAAACUCUUAUAAAAUUCAAUGCAUCAGUCAAUAGCACUACAAAAACUAAUUCCACUCCUUUACGAGCUGCUUGCUUUGAUGGACAUUUUGAGAUUGCAAAAUACCUUGUAGAACAUGGUGCAGAUAUUGAAAUUGCAAACAGGCAUGGUCACACAUGUCUUAUGAUUGCUUGUUAUAAAGGUCAUUAUGAAAUUUCAAAAUAUUUGCUGGAAUGUGGAGCAGAUGUAAACAGGAAAAGUGUGAAAGGUAAUACUGCUUUACAUGAUUGUGCUGAAUCUGGAAGCUUGGAUAUAUUGAAGAUGCUUUUGCAACAUGGCGCUAGAUUUAAUUAUGACUCUAGUGGCACUACACCUUUAUUGUCUGCAGCAGUUAUUGGCCAUGUAGACAUAGUAGAAUAUUUUCUUCAUGAAUACCAUUGUUCAAAGCUAGAAAAAAUAAAUGCUGUUGAAUUAUUAGGUGCCACAUUUAUGGAUAAAAAACGAGACAUGGUCAUGGCACUUGAAUGCUGGCGCCGUGCGAUGGCAUUACGUUAUGAGGAUCCGCAUUGCCCUAUUGAGAAACCAGAAACAAAAUCACCAAUAGCAGCUUAUAUAGAUAUAACUGAAGUUCGUACACUUGCUCAACUUAAUGAAUUGAUUACUGAUCCAGACAAAGUGAGAAUGCAAGCAUUACUUAUACGAGAAAGAAUUCUUGGCCCUGGUCAUCCAGAUACUGCUUAUUAUGUCAGAUACAGAGGUGCUGCUUAUGCAGAUAAUGGGAAUUUUGAUCGUUGCAUUAAGUUGUGGAUGUAUGCUUUAGAUGUACAGCAAAAAGUGCUUGAGCCAUUGAGUCCUAUGACCCAAAGUAGCUUCCUUUCAUUUGCUGAGUUGUUUUCAUAUAUGAUGUCUGAAGCUUGGGCUCGGGCUAGAGGUUUUCCCGUUGUUCAUUUUAGAGACUUGCUGAAUGUAUUUCAAAGAGCUUUGGGAGAAAUAGAAGCUGCUUUAGAAUCAUCCCAAAAUGGAGGAAAAGAUUUGAAUGGCACAAGCCAGUUUCAUCGUACUCUCAUAAUUGCAAUGCAUUUAGUGGGACUCAUGUGCCGACUGCAACCACUGCUAACUGUGGAUGAAGAUUUAGAGUUAAAAAGGUCUGUUUAUAAACUUGUUCGAAUGAAUCCUCGAUCCCGUAAUGGCUGGACUCCUUUGCAUCUUGCAUGCUUCAAAGAUUCCUCCUUAAUUGGAAGGUAUCCUGUGUUUACAUUUCCUUCUCCUGAAGUUGUGGAUCUGCUGCUAGAAGUUGGUGCUUGCCCUAAUGCUGUAGAUUAUGAUCAUAAUACGCCACUUCAUGUUGCAGCAAUGAACAACCCAUUUGCAAAAGCAGUAUUUAAAGCUCUUUUGAACCAUGGCGCUCAUCUUGAUCUUGCUAAUUCUAAAAGGAAAACGCCUCUUCACUUGGCCCAAGAUACUUCUCGUUUGGAUAUUUAUCCAUUAAAAUACAUAAAUUUACAAUGUAUUUGUGCCCAAGUUAUUCGAAAGUCAGGAAUACCCUAUAAAGGACUAGUUCAUAAAAAAUUGGAAGCAUUUCUCGAUGCUCAUUAAAAAGCAAUGCUAACAUGAAUUUUGUGUUGUAAUAUGUGAAUGAGCAUCUUCUUAAGUUUUUUUAAAUUUAUUGCUGUCUCAUUUCAUGAAAAAAAUUGUCAGUAUUGGACCAUUUGCAAGGAUUUAUGCAUAAGUUCACAAACUUUUUUAUUAUCUGUUAUAAAAGUAAACAAGUAUUUAUGUUCAUGUUAAAUCUUGAGUUUGGUACUUUUCUUUUGUUUCUCUUAUUUUCUGUGUUAUAAAUGAGAUGCCAUCAUUUAAAAUGUAUAAAUUUACUUUAUUAUAUUCUAAAAUUGUUUUGUUUCAUGGAAUAUUACUAACGUAUUUUAGAAAGUUUUGUUUAUUGGAACCAAGCAUAUUAUGCUAGAAAAGGAAUUUUGAAUUAUGAAAGAACUGUUAGAAAAUUGUGCAUGAGAAGCACUUAAUGUCAUCAUAUAACUUGAAUUUCCUGCUCUUCAGUAGAAUUUAUUGCUUCAAAGUUUCUCGUUUUCCUUAUAUCCAUCAUUUAUUUUCCCUUCCCAUUCUUUCUUUUUAUUUUAUGUUUCAUAUUUUUUUAUAGUGAUUGUAUGCUAAAUAAUCAUCUUCCUUACUAAAUUAUUUCUAAAGAUAAAAAGUACAGAAUCUAGAAAAUAGUUUUUCCUUUGUGUUCCAGAUUUGAUACUACCCCCUUGUAAUUUUUGUCUUAAUAGUACUGUAUGUUCAAGUAGAAACUUAUUGUGACAUCAUUUUACAUUAAUGUACUAUUUCUAGUCAUGCCAUUGUUAAUAUAUCGUCUUUUGUUUCUUUUGUCUUCAGUAUGUAAUGGGGAAUUAGUUUCUUCCUUUCUGAAUUAAGGAAUAUAUUCUGUCAUUUAUAUGUGUGUUAAAAUUGUAGUUUUUGAUCUAAGUAAAGUGAAGUAAAUAUAUGUUGACUUUGAUACAUAAUUGUUGUGAUGAUGACAGAUGCGAGGAUAUGGAAAAGUGGUAAGAGCCAUAAUUGUAAUAUUCUGUGCUGUUGUAGCUUAUACUUGUGACUUGUAUUGUGAUCUUGUGCAAAAUUUCUUUUUUCAGCUCUCUAGUGGUGAUUCUGCUUUAUAUCUCUUUACCCAUAUGAUAUUAAAAUAAUAAGUGUUACCGAAGUUGAGAAUGCUGCAGUUUCUGAAGUUUGGGGAACUGUGUUUAAUAUAUUUCUAAAGUUAGGCCCUAUUAUAUAUAUAUAUAUAUAUAUAUAUACAUACAUACAUACAUAUGUAUCAUUUAUUUACUAAAGAAAUGUUGAUUAUAUUAUCUCCUAAUGUAAAUUUAGUAGAAGUAUCCGAAAAGAAGAAACCCAUGUGUAGGAAGUUUAAUUUUGAAAAUUGUGUUUUAAAGUAACUUGUAUGUAAAUUAUGAAAAAAACUUCGUACAGGGACUUGAAUUUAAAUCAUAUAUAUAUAUAUAUAUAUAUAAGAAAUGUAAUUUUAUUCUUAAGAAAGACAUUUCUUGAAUUCUUUAGUUAUCAUCACAACUUUAAGAUGGAAAAAAAAAAUAUUUUGUUUAAUCUUUUCAGUCUAUUUCAAAAAGCAAGUUUUUUUUAAUAAUUCUGAAUGCUUUGCACAUAAAUGGCAUGCCUUGAGAUUUAAUUAUUUAAAUAUUAUAGUAUUUUAUAAAUUUAUUGAGUAUUGAAGUAUAAAUGAGAAAGCAUUUGAAGAGUUUGUAUUUUCUUAACUUCUUGAAUAAUGUAUUCGAUUUAACAUUGAUAUUGUUAAUGUUAAGUAAUUGACAUUGUAUGUUGCGUAAUGUUAAGUAAUUGGCAUUGUAUGUUACGUAAUGUUAAGUAAUUGACAUUGUUAAUGUGCUCUGACAUUGUAAUUGACAUCAUACUGAUAUUGUUAAUGUAAUGUUAAGUAAUUGAUGUUGUUAAUGUAUUCAAUUUAACAUUGUUAAGCGAUCAAUAUCCAUGAACACUCUUUCCAUUUUACUGCAAUGUGUGAAUGUUAUAAAAUCAAGCAUUUUAAAUUAAAGCAUAUAUUCAUUGUCACUUUUUAGCAGUUUGAAUAGAACAACUGCAUUUGUAGGUGUAACAUCAGGUAACUAAUGGAUUAAAAUUCAUAGAUUGAAACUUUUUUAUACUUUAUUUUUUAACUAUUCAUUAAAAAUUUCAUUAUUAUGAGCUCAUUUCACUUCACUUAUUUGCUUCAUUUUUCAAGACGUGUAAUUGGAAAGUUUUUAAUCAUUAAUAACUCCCAAUUUUCUGUUUAAAAGAAAUAUAUUUCUUGUACAGUCAGCCAUAAUUACAGCAUAAUUUUGAUGAACACAGUAAAUUAAUUUUUAUUGAACUGGAAGAUUACUGAAAGGUUGGAAAGAAUAGUCUAAAAAAAGAAGAGGGAAGAAGUAUGUUUUUUCUUCCAGUUGCAUUUUGGUAUGUUUCCAUAUGUUAAUUCUUAUUUUAAGUUUGAUUAUUCUAUAUUUUUCCCCUCUGAUAUUUACAGUAGGUGAUACUAAUUUUUUGAGAUUCUGUGUUAUGUUAAAUCUUAUUUUAAGUUUUAUUAUUCUAUAUUUUUUCCCUCUGAUACUCACGGUUAAUUUACUCUGUCAUUUAUUUGUUUAAUUUGUUAAAGAUGACAUCAGUAAAAUUUCAUUUGUAUAUUUUGAAUGUUAAGUAUUGUAUAUAAAUAGAUAGAUAUUUUUUCAGCACACUGUUGAGUUCUUAUAAAGAAAAGGCUGCUGUAUGAGUUUUACUUUCCAAGAACAGUGUUUUUGAAGUAAUAUGAAAAUUUCUUUUAGUGAUAUGCUUAAGAAUAUAUUGUGCUUGAAAUUUCAUAGAUCUAAAUUUUUAGUUAAUGUUUUAAUGCAAAUUUUAUUUGGAGGUAGAAUUAUUGAAUUGCAUACAAUGUAAAUUUAUAAAUGCAAUUUAAAAGCUGUUAUUAAUUGUAGUUUAACUUUCUGAAACCAUUUUUUGUUUUGUUGUUGUUUUGAAUUUUUCGCCUGUAAUUUGUUGUCAAAUUAAUAAAUAAAAAAUAUAAAUGUGCAAAA